GCUCCGGGGUCGGCAGCUGCAAAACUCUCUCCUCUGUGGCAGUGACGUUUCUGGAAGCGUGGUUGCUAGUUGGAUGGCUUUCUAUUACUUAACAGGGAUUCCGCCGCGAAAUGUGCUUUAUCUCCUUCCUAUCCCCCUCAAUCUCUCUGUUCUUUAGUCUCAAGACGUAUCUGGGCACAGCUUGAGAGGGCAAGAGGGGCAAUCUGAUGUGGUUGGUGGGGAGACGCUGGGUUAAUGAGGUGGUCCCCGAAGAAGUUCCAGAUGGAGGCUGAGAGGACACCUCAGACAGACCCUUGGGCAAGCAGGUUCUCUGAGCCCUUGAACCCGAGCAGUUUGGGGAGAAGACCAUGUUGGGGUGACAUGGAGGCAGAGGUAGUGAUUCUCGGUGGUCCAAGCUGACCCAGAGACCCGUUCUCUCUGUGGCCUGGUUGGGGACCCGGUGAGGGCAUUGCGGCUCAAGUCUGACAUGGAAAGCCCACACCAUGGCUUGCUUUGUAAAGUCAGGUGCAGACCCAGCAGCCGGAGGGGAAAUUUAAUAAGGAGAGUAGUAACUAUUACCAUUUUGGGACCCAGGGGUAUCCCGGAGUUUAUCAUGUUAUUGCCUUUGGCUAUAAGAGGGUAAGGUGGGAAUAGACAUCAAAUUACAAACAGCCAAAAGUCCCCCCUCUUUUUUCCCUUGCUUCAUUUCUAGCCACCCCCCCCCAAAGAGUCUUAGCAAAACAAUACUUCCAUGGAGAAUAAUAACACUCUUUGUCCCCUUGGCCAAAGGGACUGCCAGCCAUUGGCAAACGAUUGCACUUUGAAACAGCGAGAGAAUUCUGCCUCAGUUCCCUGUUUGAACUAGGAAGGCAUUGUUUUCCAUCAGGUUCUGAUGUUCCUGGUAUUAAAUGAUGUGUCAGAGCUGAGAGGCACCCGUGCUCUUCCCACAGAGUGAUGGCCUGUUAAACUCGGCUGCAGGCGAGAGAGAGGUGCAAAGGUUUGGCCAUGAUCCCCGACCCAGCUGGGCCAGGGCCAUGGCCCCAGAAGAUCAUAGAAGAGAGAGAGAGAGAAAGUUAGGUGACUAAUUUGGGUCUGAAGGCUCUUGCAUGUGGGUAAUGAACCAAAAAGAUCAUGUCUGAAGUACAAGGAACGGUGGAGUUUUCUGUAGAGCUACAUAAGUUUUAUAAUGUGGAUCUCUUUCAGAGAGGGUAUUAUCAGAUCCGAGUGACCUUAAAGGUGUCCUCAAGGAUUCCCCACCGGCUGAGCGCCUCCAUCGUUGGGCAGACAGACAGUGGCAGCCUGCGCUCAGCCUGCAUCCACGAGAGCACCGUGCACAGCCGGGUCUUCCAGAUCUUGUACCGGAACGAAGAGGUGCCCGUCAAUGAUGCCGUGAUCUUCCGGGCUCAUUUGCUCCUCGAUGGUGAAAGGGUGGAAGAGGCGCUAAGUGAGGUCGAUUUCCAGCUCAAGGUGGAUUUGCACUUUACCGACAGUCAACAGCAGCUGAGGGACGUGGCCGGGGUGCCUGUGAUCAGCAGCCGCGUGCUGGGCCUGCACUUCCACCCGCGGAGAGGCCUGCACCACCAGGUCCCCGUCAUGUUCGACUAUUUCCACCUGUCGGUGAUCUCGGUGACCAUCCACGCUGCCCUGGUGGCCCUGCAGCAGCCCCUGAUCAGUUUUACUCGUCCAGGAAGAGGCCCCUGGCUCGGCAAAGGUGGCCCAGACACAGGACCAGAACAGUCCAGCCUCUCCCUGGAAAAUCUGGUCUUUGGAGCGGGAUACUGCAAGCCGACUUCCUCAGAGGGGAGCUUCUACGUGCCUUCCGAGAACUGCAUGCAGCACGCGUACAAGUGGCACCGGGAACUGUGCUUCCUGCUCUUACAUGCCUACCGGGGACUCCGCGCCUACUUCCUGACCAUCAUGAGAGACGUCCCGGAGCUGCCGCACAUGGAGCUGGAGUCGCUUGCUGUGGAAGAAACACUCUCUCAGCUGUGCUCAGAGCUGCAGAUGUUGAAUAACCCAGAGAAGAUAGCUGAGCAGAUCAGCAAGGACCUCGCCUGGCUGGCCUCCCACCUGAUGGCUCUGUGGACCCAGUUCCUGGACACAGUGACACUGCACUCCCAAGUGACCACGUAUCUCACCCAGGAACAUCACACCUUGCGGGUCCGAAGGUUUUCCGAGGCCUUCUUUUACAUGGAGCACCAAAAACUGGCAGUCCUGACCUUUCAGGAAAAUCUGAUACAGACCCACAGCCAGCUGUCUCUGGACAUCAGGAAUUCGGAGUACCUCACCACCAUGCCCCCGCUGCCCGCAGAGUGCCUGGACAUUGAUGGCGACUGGAGCACCCUGCCUGUCAUCUUCGAGGACAGAUACGUGGACUGCCCUGCCACAGGGCAUCAUUUGAGUGUUUACCCUAAUUUUGAUGCCCCAGCAUCAAGUCCUGCAAUAACGAAUCUGAAGGACAGCGAGGAGAACCAUAUUGGAAGUAGAGACGCAGCUGUGAGAGAAGACCCGGUCCUGCCCACCAGGAAGCCACCCCCAAAGAACUCUGAUGAAGAGCUUGUUAGGUGUCCAGAGCCAGAGGAGAAUGUCCCCACACCGAGUCACGUGGACAUGUGCUCUGAAUCUCAGGUGUAUCUGACCAUUGGUGAAUUCCAGGACAAGCCAGGAUUGCCUGAAGCUGAACAUUGGCCUGGCCAAAGGUCUGAUGUUGGAAGGCACCUGCUGGCGGAUGAGGACCUGCCCAGAAGCAGUCUUGGCCCCGAGGACGGCCAGGCCCCAGCACUGACCUACAUCGACGUGCAAUCCAGCAGUAAGAACACCUGCAGCGCUGAACCCACCGUGGUCACCGGUGCUCCGCACGAGCGCGGGUGCUGGCCGAGUAACUCUGAAUUACACAGAGCGGAGCUGAGCCAAGGGGGAGGAGGCGGAAGUCGUCAAAAUGCCACCUCUUCCGAGAAGACCACGCUGCGUGAGUUAAGUCCUCUAGGAAAGGGGGCGGACCCCGGGAGUAAGAUGGUGCUGCUAAGCCUGAGGCUCGUGCCCUCGGAGCCCUGUGAUCCACUAAACCCUUCUCUGAGGGACCCCGUGGGCCUGCGGGCUUCCCCACGGGACGCCCCCGCAGAGGAGCAGGAGGAAGGGCCAGUGCUGUCCGGAGCCAUCGAGAGAUCCUCUUCCGUCAUCUCCGAUUCAGGCAUCGAGAGCGAGCCAAGCUCCGUGGCCUGGUCCGAGGCCCGGAGCCGAGCCCUGGAGCUGCCUGGCGACCGGGAGGUCCUGCACCAGCUGGUCCGAAGACACGCCCUCCACAGGAACUCCCUGGAGGGCGGACACACGGAGAGCAAUACGAGUCUGCCCAGCGGGAUCCAGGCCUCUCUCACCUCCAUCAGCUCUUUGCCCUUUGAGGAGGAGGAGCGGGAACUGGCGCGCACCAAAUUGACCAAGUCCGUGUCUGCCCCCCAGAUCAGCAGCCCGGAGGAGUCUGCUGAAGAUGCGGACACCACGCAGCCAGGCGGGGGGCUCGCUGAAACCCCAGCGGAGGACAGCGAGAGCCGCGAUCCCUCGGGCCCCUGCCUUCCGCUGAGUGGCGGCUCCGGAAGCCGGGAUGCUGGGGUUGCCCAUUUGCUUGCGGAGGUCGUUUCAGAUGCCAGCCACCAGCAGGGCCCUGGCUACAUAGACACCCCCAAAGGGAAAGAGAAGGUCGAUCCUCAAGGACCCUGUUGUCUUGAUGGCAGGACUGAUAACCCUCCAGGUGUUGAAACCAAAGGUCUUAGUUUAAAAAUACCACCCAUCUUAGCGCUUGAAAACCCGAAGAACCAACCUCUCCCUGGAGCGCCCGUGGAGGCCCCGAAGGGCAGGCCUGAAGAUGCUAACGUGGGGGAGCGUCCUCUUCCCAACAGCGGCAUCUUGGAUGCUGAGACUUUCACCCACCAUAAGGUGCCUGAAGUGAGCAGCACAUCAGCUGCCAACACGGUCGACCUGGAUUCAACCAGUGAGCGAGGCAGCUCACCUUGCACUGCGGAGGAUACAGUGCUUAGGAGAGGCGCUCGCACCUUCCCGGAAGAUGGACGUGAAGAGGGCCCUGCGUGCUCCCCUGUGUCACGUUCCCUUCACUCCCAAAGUACGGGGAACCAGGAGCCCAGGGCAGGCCCUUCCACCGUGAUGUCACACUUGGCCUCUGCAGAGACCUUCCCCCUCGACAGCCUGAAAGCGGUCGAGGUCGUCAACUUAUCUGUGUCUUGCACUGCCACCUGUCUCCCUUUCUCGUCUGUGCCCAAGGAGACCCCGGCCAGGGCCGGCUUCUCUUCCAAACAGACUGCGUUUCCCAUCACUCAUCAACCUCUGGGGUCCUUUGGAGUUGUUCCCACCCAUUCCGGCAAGUUGGAGGAGGAAGUCAGUGAGCGGAUGUUCAGUUUUUAUCAGGCCAAAGAAAACUUUAAAAAAGAGCUGAAGAUUGAUGGAUUUCUGUACAGUGACUUAUCUGUACUAGCUUCUGACAUACCGUAUUUCCCACCAGAGGAAGAGGAAGAAAAUUUGGAAGAUGGGAUUCACCUGGUGGUCUGUGUCCAUGGCCUGGAUGGGAACAGUGCAGACCUGCGGCUGGUAAAGACCUUCAUAGAACUGGGGCUCCCUGGAGGAAAGCUGGACUUCCUAAUGUCAGAAAAGAAUCAGACGGACACGUUCGCGGAUUUCGACACCAUGACGGACCGGUUACUGGACGAGAUCAUCCAGCACAUCCAGCUGUACAACCUCUCCAUAGCGCGAAUUAGCUUCAUCGGCCACUCCCUGGGCAACAUCAUCAUCCGGUCGGUCCUCACGCGGCCUCGCUUCCGGUACUAUCUGAACAAACUCCACACCUUCCUGUCGCUGUCCGGGCCUCACCUGGGGACGCUGUACAACAACAGUACCCUGGUCAGUACAGGCUUGUGGCUCAUGCAGAAACUGAAGAAAUCCGGGUCCCUCUUGCAGCUGACCUUCAGGGAUAAUGCUGAUCUGCGCAAAUGUUUCCUCUACCAACUAAGCCAAAAAACAGGUCUGCAGUAUUUUAAAAACGUCGUGCUGGUUGCUUCUCCCCAAGACCGCUACGUGCCCUUUCAUUCAGCCAGGAUCGAAAUGUGUAAAACUGCCCUCAAGGACAGACACACAGGACCCGUGUACGCAGAGAUGAUCAACAACCUCCUGCGCCCCCUGGUGGACGCCAAGGACUGCACUUUGAUUCGACACAACGUGUUCCAUGCCUUGCCCAACACUGCCAACACCCUGAUUGGCCGCGCGGCUCACAUCGCUGUGCUGGACUCCGAGCUCUUCCUGGAGAAGUUCUUCUUGGUGGCGGGACUCAACUACUUCAAGUAGCGGCGCGGAGGGAGCAGGCCUGGGGGCGCUGGCCAGAACCCUUUCAGAUCCCUGAGCGCUCUGGCUGAGCCGUGCUUUUCUAGACCUCUGUCAUUCCAGGGUGGAGCUCGGGAGAGGAGGGCGCCGAGGGGUGGGUGGAGGGUGGGGUGGUGACCCUUCGAGGUGCUUUCAUUUGGGAGACCUGGGGAAGCCGAAGCAGUGGUGUAAGAGACAACAGACUUUGCCCGGCCCCGUCUAGCCGCCUGGAGUCUCACUCAAGAUGCUUGCUAGGAAAAUGUGGCGAAAAUAAAGAAACAGCCUACCUGGAGGUGGUUGGUGAGCCCACCUUUUACCCGCCCCUGGCUCACAGAGCGAUGGCUCCCGUUUCAACUAGCUCUGUCCCGUAUGUUACUACUUCAUAGCUUUAUCAUUUUUGAUGCACACAAGCAUUUCAGAACUCAGGUUAACCUCUGUGCAGAAGUGGAACAUAGUUGUGUAAAUAGACUCCCUCACAGAUUCAAAUGUGCCCCUUGUUCAGGACCGCGUGAGGCCCACGCUCUCAUCUUCUCCUCGUGUUUUCUCAACAAGGGACAAAGGAGUGCUUUCCCAGCUCCAGUUUUAUUUCACAGCAGCCGUGGGUGGGGCAGUUGAGGGCUAUCAGGAGAUACAGGUGAUGCUACUGGUAAAGGCAAGUUGGUGACAAAGGAAGAAGAACCGGAGGGAGGGUGAUGAACUGGCUGCCCCCCUCUCCUUCUCUGGUCCUUCCCUAUGCACAGCCCUGGUCCACGCGUUGUCCUUGUGAUUGCUGAAAUCGCUGUCUGUCGUAGGCCAAAUGGAGACUAAACCUAGCGGAAGAGGGCGCUGAGAUUAAUGCACACCUGUGGGAAGCUCCGGCCGGUAACUUCCAAAGAAAUGCUGUGCUGGCAUUUGAUGCACUUGCAAAAAAUGAAAACCACGCACAUGACCAGCUGCUUCUCCUCUCCGCGGAAGGGAAGAGACAUCUAACUGGAGGAGGCUGGAUUUAAAACCUCAGGGGAGCUCUAAGAAGGGUGCUGGUUAUCUUCCACUAGACAUGUCUUCUUGCCUUAGGAAAAUAAAGGGCUAGGAAAGGUCCCCAUUGAUUAAAAAAAAAAAAAGCAGUAGACCACAGGGACAAACACGAGAUCAGAGCGGAGAGCGAGAGUCCGUUUGUGGGUUCAACUUCAGUUGUUACCAGUGAGUGACUUCAGGGGAAGUUGGGAACAUUACCAAGGGAUUUGCCGUGGUCCCGGGGACUGAGGACACGCCAUGGGCCGAAGGAAGCCUAGAGAAUCAUUUCAUUGCACUGAAGGAGUGCACGAGCCAGGACCGUAGGGUUCAUUUACACGGGCGGCCCAUCUUCUUGGGGCAAAAGCUCCUACGUCCGCAAAAUUCCCUUCCAAAAGCAUGGAAACUCAUCUGGGACCAGAGUCCUGGUGCCCGCACCUAGACCCUCUUCUAGGGUCGCAAGCCGAGUGCUUCUAGACUCCCUGAGAAUUUUGUUCCUCACCUGCUAACAAGGUGACCUUGGAAAACAAAGAAGACCGUGGGAAACAAGUCCAGGUAGACCACCUCACAGGAGAGCAGCCUGAAGAAUUUCCUAAGAAAGGAAGCGACAGGAAGGGUCCAAAGCCAGACUUGCACACAAGAGAUGUAGGGUUUCUGUGGGUCUCCUUUCCCUGUCUCCUGGUCCUAACCCGUGUGGGAUCAGUGGGUCCCCAGGUCGCUCCCCCACUGGGUAUUUUUCCAGAUUCCCGGUGGGCAUAGAUUCUGAUUAGGCAUCAGCGAGACCCGUCUGCUGUAUCACCCGGAGGAAUGGGCCUCCUGCUGUGCAGCCUGUGAUGGUGCCAUUAUUCUUGACAGGUGCCCACGCUCAGUGCAGGACUGUGUGUUUGUAGCCACGUCUCCUCCUUGGUCCCACGAGGAGCCUGCCCCUCUGAGGAGCAUUGCCUUUUCGUGUUUCCAGGGCUCGUGAUCAAAGCGUGUCCCUCCCUGGUCGUUGGAAAGGCCGUGUGGCCCGCGGUGAAGGAGCCACAGGGUGAAUCCGUGACCAUCGUCUUUCCCAGCAGCCAGAUGCCAUUUUUAACUCCAAGAUGCUGUCUGGACACAGAACUAAUGGCAAUAAGCGUCCAGCCGCAUGGCGCACCUCUUUUUACAGGGGUGCUCUGCUGUCUUUGUAAACGCACGCUGGCCUCUGAGCAUCUAUUACAAUGGUGUAGAAAGUAUAUCCUAUAUUGUAAAUAAGAGCGUCCAGUGUUGCGUGUCAUGCCUCGUUUGAAAAGGCUUUUUAUGUCUCUUUCUAUGGAAGUAUAGAUAUAUAAUAUAUAUAUAUGAAAAAAUAUAUAUAAUGUAAACAGGGACGUUCUAUGAUUGAUUAUAAAAUUAUAAACAAAAUGCCUGCCCAGAGGAUAAUAAUAGUAUGUCUUCAUUCUCGGCAUAGUUUUUUGUUGUUGUUUGUAUGAUCUGUUGAAGUUUCUCGGAACGAGUUAGAUGUCAGUGUUACUGACGUUGAGCGGAAUUGGAACUUGUUGUUCGUGAGUCAAACAUCCUCAGAGGAGCAGAGAUGGACCUAAAGUCCCUUGGCGGCCAAAUAAAUGCCUCAGUGGCAGGUUGAAGUCGGCCGGAGUGCUGUGCACCUGGGGAGACGAGGGAGCGAGACCCGGUUCCCGUGAGCGUCUAGAAGCCACAGCUAUUUACUGGGCAACCUCCCUCUGUGCCAGGUGGGAGCACAGGGGUCAAAGGCAGAGUCCCUGCUCUCUGUGAACAGAAGGAAAUCCAGCCUCGGUAUUACAACAUGAUGUAACGGAGGCUUGAAAGAGGCACAGGCAGGAUCAAAUCCAAGUCAUAGACGUCCAUUCCUCAUUGCCGGGAGCAGGCUGAGAACGGGACUUUGAAAGGGAAACUUGAACAUGAGAGACGUACUUGCAGAGCCUGUCACCAAGGGCAUGAGUUCAUCAGUGCAUUUAUUCACUCAUUCAGUCACUCAUGCAUUCGACAAAUACUGAUCGAGGGUCUGCUCUGUGCGGGGACAGAGUAACCAGCCCAUCAAGUGGGAAGUUAAGUCAGGUAGGCCCCACGGAGGUGGGGUGAGUCUGAUGGGGCUCAGAAGAGGGUUUCCAACCCACCCUGGGGCAGUGGGGGGAGCGUGGGCCAGAAGGGGCUCAGGGAAGACGUGAUGCCCAAACCCAGACGCAGGCGGAAGAAGGGCUGGCUGGGUAGAAGGAGAAUCGCAUGGAUCCCCAGGGAGGGAACAGAAUGAGUAAAAGGUUUAAGACGAGAGCGAGCUGGGAGCCUGGGGUGCACUGGACAGGCAGAUGGAGAGUCAGUGGGGGUGCAGGAGUGACAGAGGGAGGUGUGAGACCUCAGCCACCUGCAGGAUUUUCUUCUCCGAGGAGGAAAUUUCCGAUGUUAACACUAGUAGGACAAUUUUCCCUCGGUGAUGAAGGUCCUGUGGGAGAUGGGGCUCACCCCCCACCCCAUCAUUACAUCUCUCUCCAGGGUUAUUGGAUUGAAAGCACGUCCUUAGGUGUUCGCAGUCCCUCAGGUGUAACGGGCACUUUUUUUUUUGCCGUGAUUUGGUUUCAUGGAAUUUACUUCUGAGCACUGCCAAUGAGCCGGGCUGCCAUGUGCAGUUGCCCAGGUUGUAUGAAACAUGACAGUGACCCCGUGGAAGAGCUGUGCUCGCUUACAUCACCCUUAACAGGUGUCCGUCCCAAUAUCCUUAGGAAGGGUGGAGGCCACUCCGUAACUUGUGGAGCCAAGCACCUGUGCGCACGUCGGGAUCAGCUUUUCUUCCCUAGUUUUUCAUUCACUUUUCAUGUCUGUGUUUUACCAAAAAUCUAUGUUGCAUUGGGUAUUUUACCAGGCUGUAGAAAUAGUAAGAUACAGCAUGUAAUUCCAAACACUAGAAGGAUCCGAGAUAAUAAAACUCAAUGUCUUAUUUUUAGUUGUUCGUUUUUACAUUAAAACCAUGAAAGUUCAGCAUUGGAGGAGGAACAAUGGGUAAUUUAAUGCAGAUUCUGCCUGAUAUUUUGCAUCCCAAACUAUGCUUUGCUAGCCUCCACCGCCCACGUGGGUAGCCCUGUAGCGAGAGUGCACAGAUGUGGAGUUCCCUGGCGGCCUAGCGGUUAAGGAUCUCGUCACAACUACAUUAUCAAAUGGAGGAUGUGGAUGCCCUUAUGUCCUAGGUGUGGUUAUGAUUUUCUGGCUGAAAGACACAGUUCUUAAAGCCCACACUUCAUGACUCGACACGUUCAGGAAUUUUUAGAGGCAAGACAGACCUAGGCUCUCGUUUAUCUCAUUUUUAACAAGUGAGGGAGCAAAGGAAUGGAAGUAAGAUGCAGUGUUCGGAUUUGGUUUGCUAGGUCCUGUGCACAUAUGAUCUCAUUUAGUCCUUACGACUCAUGCAACGUACAGAGGAUGUUGAGAGAAGUCAGGUAACCUGACCAAGAGCUCCCACAGCUCAGCAAUGGCGGAGUCACGAUUUGAGCCUCCAUUUGAUCCUUCUUGCUACAAGUCCUCCAACCUGGAGAAGUUAAUAAAUUGCAGUUGCCAGGGUUCACGUGUUCAUCUCUCAAACCAUAAUCUUAGGAGAUUAUAACAUCAUCUUGAAACCCGUUCCCGUACGAGACACCUACAUAACCAAUAAAUUAGACGGCAAAGGAAAACAUAAUUCAGUGACAAAGGUGGUUUUAUGAAGCAGUGUCCAUGAAACUGAUUGGCUGGCCUGUUGGCUCUUGGCUAAUCCUUUGUCUCUCUUGAUCACUCUCACAAGUUUCUCUUUCUCCUACCAGCCUGAAGCCCCCUUUCCCUCAAGGCUCUUCCUUCCAUAGCUGCCCUAGACCCUGCCCCUCCAGCUACACCUCCUGCCUCCUUCUGCUUUUCCCAGGUAGGAAUGGCUGGUCAUGCCCAUCUGGGGACGGAUUCCUUGUACUCUCAGUUUUGAACCUGAACUUGGUGGUUCAUGGAGGACAGAUUCCUGCUUCAGGAUGGAUCUGAGCCCUGUGUCUUCCCAUCAGUGUUUUCUCACGGUUCCAUGAGCCCCUCCCAUCUCAAUUCCUAUGUUCGGGUGGGUCUCCCACACCUGUACUCCUUGGAGCGGGAACCUUGUCCAGGGCAUCCAGGUGUCCCAUGGCCUGGCACAGAGGUGGGGUUCAGUAAGUCUGAAAAGGGCCAGUCACUGAUUCCCAUGCAGAAAGAGUUUGGCGUUGGCUCCUGUUUACCCUCGAAGCUUCCACAUGUGCAAGAGGAAAGUAGUUUCAUCAGAGAGAAUCCAAUGGCAGCUUGCUCGAAUGGGAAAGGCCCUAUCUCUGGGCUGUUCAUUCAAGCCAGGGGGAUGGGAUCAAUUUUCCUCAUCUAUAAAAUAGGUUUCAAAUAUAUCCAAUCUGGGGAGUUCCCAAGUUCCCGUUGUGGCUCAGCAGACUACGAACCUGACCAGUAUCCAUGAGGAUGUGGGUUCGAUCCCUGGCCUCGCUCACUAGGUUAAAGAUCUGUUGUCGCCAUGAGCUGUGGUGUGGGUUGCAGACGCAGCUUGGAUCAGCUGUGGCUGUGGCUGUGCCCAGCAAUUGCAGCUCUGAUUGGACCCCUAGGCUGGGAACCUCCAUAUGCCACAGGUGCAGCCCUAACAACAACAACAACAACAACAAAAAAAGGCAAAAAAAAAAAAUUCUUAUUUAAAAGGCAUUUUGGGGUGGGGUUGGGGUUGAGAAGGGGGAAAGCAGAGUGUCUGGAGCCGUGCCUGUGUAGAGUAAACCCUUUAAAUUUGGGGCAAUAACUCCGAAAUUAUUUUAUGGUAAAUGCUGCCUGUAAGGAGUUUUCGUUAUAGCCAAUCAAUACAUUUUUACGUGCAUACAUGACGGCCUGGGGAGAAUCAGCAUGUGGGAGCCUUGAGGCUUCACCUUCCAGAAGUCAGAACAUUCUGUUUGGAUGCCAGAAGCUUCCACACUGGAGUUUUCCAGCUCAAGUCGGUGCCUGACUGGAUGAUCUAUGAAGUCACAACGAUUUUCCGGCUCAGGGUAAAAUGUAAGCCGUUGUGAGCUUGAGAGGAGAAAAGGCUGAAACCCGACACACAGCUGAGAACAGCGUUCUGUCCAACUGGAGGUGUUCGGCAGUGUUGAUUCUGUAAAAUGUCACUCCAUCUUUUUACUGCAUUGAACUGAAAAGACUUUUAACACUUGGGCUGAAAUGUCUUGGAGGCCAAGGUUAAAUGUAUUGCAUAUGGCAAAAUACCCUGCUUUAUCCUUCUUGCUCCAAGGAGUUUUAGUAAUAAUCCAGGUACGUCUGAUAACCUAUGCAUAUAUCUUUUGCUUGUGUUUUUUUUUUUUUUAAAGAAAAUUUUCUUAAAAGAGCACCUCAUUCUGUCCCACGUACUCUGUUGCUUGUGUGUGACAAUACCAAAGUCUGCGAUUUUACUUUCGUAAACAAUUUCCCCAUAACUUACACUUGAAGGCAUUUCUUUCUUUCUUUUUCUUUUCUUCCUUUCUCUCUCUCUCUUUUUUUUUCACCACCCCGAGGCAUACGGAGCUCCUGGGUCAGGGAUCAGAUCCCAGCCACAGCUGUGACCUACACCAAAGCUGCGGCAACCCUGGAUCCUUAACCCCCUUUGCCGGGCUGGGGAUCAAACCUGCGUCCCAGCACUGCGGGGAACUCUUGAAUGCAUUUCUUUUUAAACAGUGUUUAUUUCAUCCCUGCUGCGUUCUGUGCUAAAGCACGGGUGGCUGCAGAAGUUAAACAGACCAGACCCUGACAUACAUGAAUUUAUAAUCUAGUGGGGGGAGUGGACCCCCCGCAUAAAUGGAAGAAGGUCCGUGAGAUAGAGGAGUAAGGUAAGAGGGAAGAUGGGGAAUGGUGAGAAUAUUAUCCUGGCGCCUCUUAGAACAAGUCAGACUCCUGAUAUUAGACUUCCAGCCUCCCAUCAGGGUCUGGAAGGAGGAAACCAGCCCAGAUGAGAUCCCAGCCGUGCCCCUCAAGCAGGACUGCACAGCUGCCUUGGGAAUGCCAUCCCCAGGUCAGUGUUAAGUUAGGAAAUCCGCAAAAGGGCAUCUCCAUGGUGCAAAUCAUAGCUCCCUCUGUCCAGAAGCACCACCUCCCGAAUGUCAUGCUACCUGUAGGACAAAGCCUUUGGAUGCUCUGGAGUGAAUCUUUCUACUCACUUUUAAAAGAAUGAUCAAAACCAGAUGAUCCAAUAAAGAUAUGGUCCACCCAGUGUGUCCCCAAACGCUAUCACACUCAGGAUUGACCAAGAGAACUAGCCUGUGGCUUUUAUUUACCAAGCAUACAACACGGGGCUUGGAUUUGUUUUGUUUUAUUCUGUCUUAGUUUCGUUUUCAAAUGCGACUCCUACCUUUAGAAGGUAAAGAGAAGCAGGAUCUUCUGCCUGGUCCUUUCUCUGAAAAAGAACCUGAAUGUAUAGCUUGAUGCCACUGUGAAUCCCUCAUGCAUAUUUAUUCUGGUGACAACGUCUGCAGACAGUAAGGACCGAUCUCCCCACACCCUUGGAAAUUGUCUGUAAAAUUACGACAACGGGAAUAACCAAGUCAUCAGAACCAAUAUAACUCUACUAUUUUUCUACAUUUGCUUUUGGGGUUGGCAUUUUGUGUAGCUCGUGAUGUGUAUCAACGAUAAUAAUAAAACUCCGUUGACUUUC